AUGUACGGUGGUAAUGUCCCUCAUAAGCCCUCUAUGAUUUCCUACGAUACGAUUCCCAUUCAUAAUAUCAGACAACAGUCCGUCUCUCGCGAUUUUGAGCAAAUUCCUCUCGAUACUCAUCGCCAGCAAUGCAUUCCCUCAACCUACUAUGAUCAGCAGCGUGAUCCUUCAGCACGCUGUGUAAAUCCCAAUGUACAGUCUGCACCGUGUGUAGAGUGGUACCAGCCACAGCAACGACGACGAUGGAAUGCAGACCAGAACGGCCCGUCCCCGCAGCAGCUCGCGGCACGUCAGUCAUUGGCACGUGACCUUCCCCAGUUUUCAGGUGACCCUGCCGACUGGCCUAUUUUUAUCUCGAACUACGAGUAUACGACGACAUCAUGCGGGUACACGAACGGGGAGAACAUGCUCCGGCUACAACGGUGUCUCAAAGGACCUGCACUCGAAACAGUACGUAGCCGAUUGGUGUUGCCUGCUGCGGUACCGCAAGUAAUUGAAGCACUCCGUAUGCGGUAUGGGCGCCCGGAACUGCUGAUUAACGCGUUGCUGGAAAAGGUGCGCAAGCUUCCGGCUGUGAAGUCUGAACGGCUGGAACAAUUAAUAGAAUAUGGUAUGGCAGUGCAAGCUCUUUGCAAUCAUAUUGAAGCAGCCAAUGAACAUGCACACCUUUCGAAUCCAAUGCUUCUUCAGGAGCUCGUCGAAAAGUUGCCGGCCGAUCAGAAGCUGAUGUGGGCCGGGUAUAAACGAAAGUUCGGCGUAGCGGACUUGAAAAUAUUUAGCAAUUAUAUGGAAUCUAUUGUAACUGAUGCAUCUAGUGUAGUCCUGAUUGCGCCUGAGUCUAGUGGGAGCAAUGAUAAACCGAAACCAAGAGGAUACGUUAAUUCCCACACUAGAAACAACAUUGAUGCUCAAGUGUUGCCAACAGGCAAGCAAAUCGAAUGCAUCUUCUGCCGGAAGAUAGGUCAUCGGUUACGAGAAUGUCCGGAAUUCAAGGAUUUAAAUGUUGACGACCGGUGGCGGAAGGUUCGAGCAUUGUCACUGUGUCAGAUCUGUCUCUUCAGUCACGGUAGGCGAUCGUGUAGAAGCAACAACCGUUGCAACAUUGAUGGCUGUCAGUAUCGCCAUCAUCCAUUAUUACAUUCAGUGAGGCGAACUGUGGAAGCAGCUACCCCAGCUCAACAGGCAGAAAGUCACACUCAUCAGUAUAUCGGAUCGAGCGUCCUGUUUAGGAUCGUGCCCGUUACGUUGCAUGGGCAGACUGGUGAAGUAAAUACCUAUGCCUUCCUGGAUGAAGGGUCAUCGCUGACUCUGAUAGAGAACGGAAUUGCAGAACAACUCGGAGUCAAUGGAGCCACCCAGCCACUUUGUUUACGGUGGACGGGUAAUACGUCGAGAAUCGAGGAAAAGUCGAAGAUUGUCUCCUUAACUGUCAGUGGAGCGGGUUCGCAGAAGCGGUUUAAGAUGUCGAACGUUCGCACCGUGUCGAAUCUAAACCUGCCCAGCCAGAGCUUCCAAAUGGAGGAAGCUGCCAAGCAAUUCGACCACUUGAAGCAGCUACCGAUACAGAGCUACCGAAACGCCGUGCCGAAGUUGCUGAUAGGACUUGAUAAUUUACAUCUAGCCGUUCCAUUGAAGUCGAGAGAAGGUACUGGAAACGGACCAAUAGCAGUGAAAACAAGACUCUGGUGGUGCGCGUAUGGAAAGCAACAACCCGGAGUAAACGAUGAGCGUAGUUUCCACAUUUGCGAGUGUACUACAAAUAAAGAACUACAUGAUGCUGUCAAGCAGUUUUACGAAAUCGAAGAAAUAGGAUCGGGGAAUGUCACUCUGCGAUCAAAGGAAGAGCAACGCGCACUGGAUUUGUUGGCGCAGACGACGGUUCGUGUCGGUCAAAAAUUUGAAACCGGCUUGUUAUGGAAGGAUCCCGACGUGGAGUUGCCGGAUAGCUAUACAAUGGCGCUUCGCAGGCUGGAAUGCCUGGAGAGAAAAAUGUUACGUGAUCCAAGUUUGAAAGCGAACGUUCUCCAACAGAUGCAAGACUUUGUGAAGAAGGGUUAUGUCCAUAAAGCUACAACCGACGAACUAAAGAAAGCUGAUCCUCGACGAAUUUGGUAUCUCCCCAUAGGUGUCGUUACUAAUCCGAAGAAGCCAGGGAAAAUACGCAUUGUUUGCGAUGCUGCAGCCAAGGUGAGUGGAGUUUCACUGAACAGUGUGUUAAUGAAGGGGCCGGAUCAGCUGGUGCCGCUGUUGGGAGUACUAUUCCGCUUUCGGCAGUUCAAGGUCGCAGUGUGCUCCGAUGUGAAGGAAAUGUUUUUGCAGAUACGUAUGCGUGCUGCCGACAAGCAUGCGCAGCGAAUACUUUGGCGUACGGAUACAGUGCAUGAUCCGGAAAUCUUCCUGGUCGAUGUUGCUACGUUUGGGUCAACGUGUUCGCCAGCAUCGGCUCAAUUUGUUAAGAACCAAAAUGCGCGAGAGCAUAGCGACCGGUUUCCCAGAGCAGCAGAUGGUAUACUCCAGAGUACGUAUGUAGACGAUUAUCUUGACAGCUUUGGGUCGGAGGAAGAAGCUUGUCGUAUUUCUGAGGAAGUUCGUCAGAUUUUCCGUAACGGUGGGUUUCAAUUGAGGAACUGGAUUUCAAAUAGUGAAAGCGUACUACAGCACCUUGGUGAGACACAAGCUGCUGUCAGUAAAAGCUUAACGACAACGAGCAAUGAUGCUGAGCGCGUACUUGGGAUGUUAUGGGAUCCGUUGACGGACGAACUAUCGUUCAGUACUCGAAUGAGCGAUGAAGUUCAUUAUCUCCUGGAAAACGACAAGGUUCCAACGAAGAGGCAAGUGCUACGCUGCGUCAUGACCCUGUUUGACCCGUUGGGCUUAUUAGCAACGUUUCUAAUUCACGGGAAAAUCUUAAUACAAGACCUGUGGCGUGCUGGACUCGAAUGGGAUGCAGAAGUCAGCGACAGUCAGAGGCGAGUUAUAUGGACAGACAGUUUGGUUGUGCUUUCGUGGAUUCGUGCGGAUCCGAGAAACUAUCGACCGUUCGUGGCGAACCGAGUCGGUGAAAUCCUCGAAAACACGGUAGUCGACGAAUGGAGGUGGGUGCCAUCGGAGUUAAACCCAGCAGAUGAAGCAACAAAGUGGGGCAGCGGACCCUACUUCAGCAACGACAGCAAAUGGUUUAAUGGUCCAAAGUUCUUGAGUCUUCCGGAACGUGAGUGGCCGAGUCCUGCGGAUAUUGUCGUAGACACAGUUGAAGAAGGCCGGCCGUCAGUUCUCUUCCAUGCCAAUUGGAUUCCAGUGAUCGAUUACUACCGGUUCUCUAAAUGGGAAAGGCUGCAACGUAGUAUGGCAUUUGUGCUGCGAUUUAUUUCUAACACGAGAAAGAAAGGAGAAAAAAGCUCUGGGCAACUGACACAACAAGAGCUGUAUGCCGCCGACAUCGUGGUCCUCAAGCAAGUACAGAUGGAAGCCUUCGUGGAUGAGGUGGCGACACUAAGGAAUAAUAAAACAUUACCGGAAGACCAGCAGGAAUCAGUCGAGAGAACAAGCACCAUUUAUCAACUGAGACCGAUGAUGGAUGAACAGGGAUUGGUGCGGUAG